AUGGACACGAACGUCCCGAACCUCAUAAACGGCCACACGGCGCCGCCGCUGCUGCGCGCGAAUGCCGUUCCGACGCGUCAAAGCAGUCGCUCUCUCGUUGCGUCGCGCGCACACAAAGACCGCCGACUGAAGCGCGCGACGCUCGUGGCCGCUCUCUGCAGUCUGACCGCAACGGUGCAGCAGCAGCUGCAGACAAUGUGCGCGCAAGAAGCGGCUUUUGCGCUGCAGCAGGCGGAGCUGGAGACGCUGUUGGAGGAGACGCAGGCGGCGCUGCAGACGGAGCGGCGCCGAGCGGCCGACGCAGAUCUGGAGCGACAGGCGGUGCAGGAGCAGUUUGCGUUCGUGCAGACGCAAGUGGAGGGACUGCUGCGGGACAGAGCGGUCGUGGGCGGUUCACAGACAGCGCCGAUCGGCAAACGACUGGACGCAGUUUGUAUCGAGUCGGACGAGCGGGUGGCUGUCUUGGAGGUCGAGCGACGUGCAGAGGCGCAGAAGCGCUGCGGCCGAUGCGGACAACGAGAGCUGCAACUCGCACGGGCGGUCCGCACGUUGGCGGCGGAGCUGCAGGACGCACAGGAGCGCGUGGCCGCGUGCGAAAGAGCUUGCGCGGCGGAGAAGAGCGCGUUUGAGAAGGCGCUUGCAGACGCUGUGGACAACGUGCGGGGACUGCAAUUGGAUACAGACGACGACAGCGAGCGGAGGCCACGAGGGGGUCGGAGAGACGAGUCGAGUGCCGCACAGACAGCACACGUUGGGGUGCGGCAGCUCCAGUCGCGCGAGGAACGGACGGCAUGUGCAGUGGAGCAAACGAGUGGUGCGCGUCAUCGGUCGCGUGGGCCGUCCUCUGAUCAAGAGCAGCAUCUGAUGCAUUGGAUCGACUCGGAAAGCUGUUUGCCGCGCACUCCGUCGCUCGUGGAGCGACUCGUGGAGCCACAUGACAGCAACGACGAGCGCGUGGGGACGGCACAGAGCGCCGAACAACGCAACGCAUCGAUCCGACCGGUAGCGUCGGGCAGAAGACACAGCAGCAAGGGGUCCGCCAAGCGCAGCACGUCGACGGCCUUCCGGUCAAGAAGCGCCUCAACGGCCAUUCGGGUACCCGACAAACCGCUGUGA